CUCACAAGUCAGAAUUCAAUUCACCUUCUCUCUCUCGUUUACUUUCUGACCACGUUUUCUUCUUCCUCUUCUUCUUUCUCCAACGCAUUGUCUCAGUUUCUUUUUUCUCCUUCGCACCCUUUAUCACUUGUCACAUUCUUUUGUUGUCUUUGUUGUUUGAAAUGUAUGUUGCUGACAGGACGCGUAGCAAGCGGGGAAGGGUGGUUGGAAGUGGUUUAAUAAUGGGUGAGAAGAAAAAAAGGGUGCAUGACUACCAUGAAGAGAUUGUCUUGGAAGAUAAUGAAGAAGGUGCAAGUGUGAAAGUUGAACCUGGGCCUGGUGCUUCUUCAUCGUCAUCAUCAUCUGGUGCUCGUGCUUUGAAGCGGGAAAGGGUAUCUGAACAUGGUUUUCAGAAUUUGGGAGGGCGUGCAGAUGACCCUAUUAAAAUCAGUGACAGUGAAGAUGAUGAUGGUGAAGAGGGGUUGAGUGAUUUUGAGAAGAAGAGGUUUCUGGGUGAAGAGGAAAAGGAAAGGAAGAGCGAGGAGGGUAAAGGUUGUGGCGGUGAGAAGGAGCAUGCUGUGGCUGAGAGUGGUUCAAAUGAUGAGGGAUAUGAUUCUCUUUUGUCUAGUUUAUCGGAGAGUGAGAAUGCUGUGACCAGUGAUGAAGAUUUUCAGGUUGAUGAUGAUGGGAAUGAGAGUCAUUACUACUCGAGCAGUGAUUCUUCUUCAUAUGAUGAUGGUGAGAGGGGUGGAUACAGAAAGAUGGUGAAAGAGAGGGUGAGAAAGGUGGAGAGUGAAACUGAAAGUAGUGUAGUUUACAAAAGAAAAGGUGAAAGGAAAGAUAUUGAGCUUGUAGAGGAGGAAGAGCCACGGAUUGGUGCUGAUUGUUCUAGUGCAACCUCUAAUAAAUCUGAGAUGUAUAAGGAGGAACCAGGGAAUGCAGCACAGAAGCAUAAAGUAAAGAGGGUGGAGAGUGUCAAUGCUGAUGCCUUUGGUGAUCACUCGGAAAGUUCAGAUCGCUCUAUGCAGUCUGAAGAAGCUGAAGCAUUGGAACAUAUGAAAAAAAGAGAUAGAGACCAUCAAAAUGUGUCAUUGGAGAAUAAGACAGGAGAUUCAGCUGUGGUCAAGAUGAGUGAGAAAAAUAAUAAUGUUGAUGCCGGCGAGGUAGGAGAGCAUAAAUAUGAGUUUAACAGCAAUAAACGUGAGAAGCCAGAGAAGGUAAGGGUGGUGGAUGACGAAACUGGCGACAAACAUGAGCUGUAUGAAGUCCUAAGGAUGCCAUCUAGAACAAAAAACCGAUGCCUCAAGUUUUUUACUGAAUGCUUUUGGGGCGAGAAUGAUUCUGUUAAAGAUGAUUCAAAUCAGUUGGAAGAAAAGGAUGAUGAUAUUGAUCAGGGUCAGACUCAGCCACUAGCUUCUAGGGAGACAGUCCUUGUGAAUUGGAACUUUACGAAGAAAGAACUCAUUGAAAAAUCAGAGUUUGAGAAGGAGUUAGAUAACUUGUGGGGUGAAAUGGAUAUGCUCCUUCGAGUUGAAGAAAUUGGGUCUCAGAUUGAUAAAGUAGGGGAAAAUGAAGAAAAUUCAGCCUCACAGUGCAAGCACGACACUAUUUUCAAUGAGGAGAUUGGGAUAUACUGCAGAUGGUGUGGUUGGAUUCACACUGAAAUCAAAUAUAUCACGCCACCAUUUGUGGAUAAUGAAAGAUCUGGUCGAGAGGCGUUAUCUGAUGGAGGGAAAACUUCACAAUUUGAUGGGGUUCUGUUUAAUGAUUCUGUUGAUGACUCGGAGGCAGUUUGGUCUCACAAUGAAGGCACGGUCUGGGAUCUUAUUCCUGACAUAAAAGAAAGCUUGUUUCCUCAUCAACAAGAAGGGUUUGAGUUUAUUUGGACAAGUUUGGCAGGAACCAUUGACCUUGCCGAGUUGAAGAGGGUUGACAUGCAUACUGAGGGUGGGUGCAUUAUUUCACAUGCUCCUGGAACAGGAAAGACAAAGUUGACCAUGGUGUUUCUUCAGACAUAUUUGCAACUGUUUCCCAAGUGUCUACCUAUUAUCAUUGCUCCUGCCAACAUAUUGCUUACUUGGGAAGAUGAGUUAAGGAAGUGGAACCUAGGAAUUCCCUUUCAUAACUUGAACAAUGCUGAAUUAUCCGGAAACGAGCAAGACAUUAAUGAAGUUGACUUGUCUGGCAAUCAAAGGCAGAAUAAGGAUGCCAUCCGAAUGGUGAAGUUGUGUUCGUGGUACAAGGAAAAGAGCAUUCUAUUAAUCAGCUACCAUUUGUAUGAGAGGCUAGCCAGGGGGUUGUGCGAAGAUGAUGGGAAAAAAGAGAAGAAAAAUAAAAAGAUGAAAAAAGGGAAGAAACGUGCAAGGACUAGGGAGUACAUUGAAACUGCAAUGGGAAAGGUUUUGCGUGACUAUCCUGGUUUGCUAAUUCUUGAUGAAGGGCACACACCACGGAAUCAGCGUAGCUAUAUUUGGAAGGUUCUCUCAGAAAGUAGAUCUCAAAAGCGAGUCCUUCUUUCAGGGACUCCUUUCCAGAACAAUUUUCUGGAACUCUACAAUAUUUUGUGCUUAAUGAAGCCAUCCUUUCCUGACAGCAUACCGCAAGAACUCAAGAAGUUUUGCCAAAGUAGACUAAGGAAGGAAAGGAAAGCUUCAAAAUAUGCGAGUUAUGAACCCAUUUAUUCUGGAAAUUCAGCUGAUGAGAAAAUAAAGCAGCUGAAAUCGCUGAUGAAUCCCUUUGUUCAUGUUCACAAAGGUAGCAUUCUUCAGAAGAACCUUCCCGGGUUGAGAGAUUGUGUGCUGGUUUUGAAGCCAGACAGGUUGCAGCAAGAAACUUUGGACAUCAUUGAUUCUUCUCAAAACAUACUGAACUUUGAACAUAAGUUGGCGUUGGUAUCAGUCCAUCCAUCUCUUUUUCUAAACUGCUCUCUGUCAAAAAAAGAAGAAUCUGUUCUUGACAAGGAUCAGUUGGAAAAGCUUAGAUUGAACCCUUAUGGAGGAGUUAAAACCAAUUUUUUGUUGGAGCUUGUGAGACUAUGUGAUGCAGUUAACGAAAAAGUCCUUGUUUUCAGCCAAUUUAUUGAUACCUUAUGCUUAAUCAAGGACCAACUCGAGUCAGCCUUUCAUUGGUCUGUGGGGACUGAAGUGUUGUAUAUGUAUGGCAAGCUAGACCAAAAGCAAAAACAGUCCCUCAUUCAUAGUUUCAAUGAUACAAAUAGCAAAGCAAAGGUGUUGCUUGCAUCUAUAAAAGCAUCUUCUGAAGGAAUUAACUUAAUUGGAGCUUCAAGGGUCGUGCUUCUUGAUGUUGUUUGGAAUCCCUCGGUGGAAAGACAAGCUAUUUGUCGAGCAUAUAGACUCGGACAAAAAAAAGUUGUUUACACUUAUCAUCUUCUUGCACAGGACACCCCUGAAUGCAUCAAAUUUUGUAAACAAGCAGAAAAGGACCGGUUAUCUGAACUGGUUUUCUCCAAUAAAAAUGCUAAAAGUGAUAAGCUUAACAGUUGUGGAGCAGCGCUUGAGGAUGCAGUUCUUGAUAUCAUGGUUCAGCACGAAAAACUUAAGGAUAUGUUUGGUGAACUUCUGGUUCAACCAAAGGAGAGAGAUUUUGGAGACUUUGGGCCCCUGAUGCUUUGAUUAGUGGAACUUUGUAAAGUUAUAUAUAUAUAUAUA